UACUGGUGCAUGCAGGCAGAAAUCUUGAAUAUGAUGUACACAAGACUACACUGAGUGCCUUCAUAUCUGACUGUUUUUAUCGCGCUAUUUCGUCAUCCUCGACAAAAGAAGCAAUUUUACAUUCUGAAAAGCUUUUUAAAGGCGACAGGCAGGAAAAAUAUGGGGAAUUGCCACACGGUAGGACCAAACGAAGCCUUGGUGGUAUCAGGUGGCUGCUGUGGCUCUGAUGACAAGCAAUAUACAGUGGGCGGCUGGGCCUGGGCAUGGUGGCUUAUCACUGACAUACAGAAGAUAACCCUUGAGAUUAUGACCCUGCAACCCAAGUGUGAGGAUGUAGAGACAGCGGAGGGGGUAGCUAUUACUGUCACAGGUGUGGCACAGGUGAAGGUCAUGACCGACAAUGAGCUGCUGGGUUAUGCCUGUGAACAGUUCUUGGGCAAGACAGUGGCAGAGAUAAAAAGUGUCAUUCUGCAGACGCUGGAAGGUCACCUGCGCUCUAUUCUGGGGACUCUGACUGUGGAGCAGAUCUACCAGGAUAGGGAUCAGUUUGCCAAGCUGGUGAGGGAGGUGGCGGCACCUGAUGUGGGCAGGAUGGGUAUUGAGAUCCUAAGCUUUACUAUUAAGGAUGUCUAUGAUAAGGUGGAAUAUUUGAGCUCCUUGGGGAAAUCCCAGACUGCUGCUGUUCAGAGAGAUGCUGACAUUGGCGUGGCUGAAGCAGAGAGAGAUGCUGGAAUCAGGGAAGCAGAAUGUAAAAAGGAAAUGAUGGAUGUGAAAUUCCAAGCAGAUACAAAAAUGGCCGACUCAAAGAGAGAGCUGGAGAUGCAGAAGGCUGCCUUCAAUCAAGAAGUAAACACAAAGAAAGCUGAGGCGCAAUUGGCCUAUGAGCUUCAGGCAGCCAAGGAGCAGCAGAAGAUCCGACUGGAGGAGAUUGAGAUCGAGGUGGUUCAGAGAAAGAAGCAGAUCACCAUUGAGGAAAAGGAGAUCCUCAGGACAGAUAAAGAGCUGAUCGCCACCGUGAGGAGACCAGCUGAGGCUGAAGCCUACAAGAUGGAGCAGCUCGCAGAGGCAAGGAAGAUGAAGAAGGUGUUGACGGCACAGGCUGAUGCGGAGAAGAUCAGGCGUAUUGGAGAAGCAGAGGCCGGCUCCAUUGAGGCUGUGGGUAAAGCUGAGGCAGAAAGCAUGAGGCUCAAAGCUGAGGCCUAUCAGCAGUACGGGGAGGCUGCAAAGAUCGCCCUCGUCCUGGAGGCUCUGCCAAAGAUUGCUGAAAAGGUGUCAGCACCCUUGGCCCGUACCAAUGAGAUUGUGAUCCUGAGCGGUGACGGUGGCCGUGUCACUGGGGAAGUCAAUCGUCUGUUGGCUGAACUGCCUGUUUCUGUCAACGCCCUCACAGGGGUGGAUCUGUCCAAGAUCCCAUUGCUGCAGAAAAUGAUCAACCCUCAAGCUUGAACUCUUCUUUCACUCUGCUGCCUUUCCAACACUCCCACAUCGAUUGCCUUGAAAAGAAACAUUUGAAAGCUCUUUUCUUUUUAAAAUGAGGAAAUUGAGGAUUUUAUUUUUUUAGACCCCUGGUGCCUUACCUCUUCAGGACCAGAUUCUCUGCAUGUGCUCUUGUUUUAUCACUUAUAUCCUUUUCUGUCUGUUUAUUUGACAUUUUUUCUGUUUAAACGAUGUACCUCAAAAAAGAUUAUUUUGCUAAUCACAGAACGAUUUCAUUCAAAUUUGCUAGUGGGCAGCUCUAUGUGUACGUAGUUAUUUAGAAGAUAAGUAUGUAUUGCCAUUUUGAUGGGUGGCUAAGAUUGUAAUCACAGUAACAUUUAUGCAGUGUAUGAAAAUAUAUAGACGUAUAGUGUAGAAGAGCCAUUAGGUUUGUUACAGCAUGUUUAGUGGAUUGAUCAACUGGGUCAUCAUUGUGAAGACUUUGCUGUUCAGGUCAAAUAGUGACACACGAGUGAGAAGGACUGACUUUUAUUUUAUCUAACCAACACAUUUAGAUGUACAUCCAUUUGAAAACAUCUUUUUGUACAGGUCAAACAUUAAGUAAUUUCAUAUUUUUUUAUAGUGGACAUGAAUGAUCGUUCUGUUGCUUUUAAAAAAAAUGUGCUUUAGGGUUCUAGGUCAGGUCACAUAUUCACCAUGUAGUCCUUCAUGUGGAACUACUCCAUGUGAUUCAUUAUAAUUUCCGUAUGUAUAUUCUUUGAUAAUGUUUAGCCUAUUUUUGGAUGUUAAAAUGUGGUCCAAGUGCAUUUUUACUAAGAUGCCAAGCAUAGGCCAAACGUGCUGAAUCAGCAGGAUAUAGGAAGGUAUCUUUAUUUUUUCAUCACAGAAAAGUUACCUCACCCACUGUUUAUGCAGAUGAUAAAGCUUUGGUCCUCUUCUAUUAGCUGAAAGUAAGAUAUUAUAAACCUUGUCUUCAGCCAAACUGACAGUACAGAAUCUACAAGUUUAGAGAUCGAUACAUUACACGCUGUGCAAUUAAAGUUGAACAUCUA